AUGAUACGUAAAAACGAUUUACCUAUUCCACUGGCUUAUUAUACACGUGGUGCAAAUGAAUUUGAAUUUAAAGUUAACUUCAAUACACUUGCUGAAACUUUUUGCUAUGCCAACGAGCACAUUAUUUUGUAUCUUGGCAGUCCAACAGCAAUUGGACUCGGUUUUAAAACACUUCUUAACAGCAUCGAUAACAUUCCAGAUCGUGUAGCGAAACUGAAACAAGAUGUGAAAAAGAAAGCCUACCAUGGAUGUAAAAUACGAAUUUUGAGACGCCUCGGUUGUCAAAGCCGCUGUCCCGGUUGUGGUUCAAAGUGUGGUCGACCCGAACCACAUGACGAAGAAUCAGUCGAACAAUGGCCUGAAUGUCAAUGUGUACCUAGAAAAUGCAACUGUGAUCGAUCUCAAUCACAGCUUUUUAAAGUACAUGGGACUCCUCAUCACAUCGCAGAGGCUUUUUUUGGAAGACAAUACUACAAGAAGCACACACCGGUUCUUAAGCUUUGCUAUCAACAAUGGAUGACAUCUGGAAUGAUUCUUAGCAAUGAUGAACAUGUUUCUCCUCUUCGAAAAUAUUAUAACCAAUACAAUCCCGAGUGGUAUAACAAUUUACAUGACCUAUCUACCACAGGGAAAGCUUCUAACGAGGACAUUCCACCACCUGAACAGCGUCGUGCUUGGAUGAUUGUUCGUCAUGCUCUUGUUUCGCUCUAUGCACACAAGGGUAUGGUGGAUGAAAAGCAUUAUGAUAAAAAAUUGUAUCCGUCAAAUAUUGACUCAUUACCCAAAGAGUUUGAACCGAAAUGGAACGAUAUAGAUAAUUAA